CCCCUACCCCACUCUCUCUCUCUCUCUCUCUCUCUCUCCCCUCAGCCGUCUCCGGUCCCUUCCGCCGCCAUACUCGGAGCCAAUCCUCUGAAACGUCAACCACGGCAUGGGUUGGUGCCCUCACUGCGAGGGGUGAUCAUGAUACCUGCAUGAUGAUGUAACCAUCUCUAUUCUCAUCAAUUUACUUUCUCAAUUUUUGAUUUUUUAAACUAUCCAUAGUACAAACAAUCUUGUAGUGCUUCAUCACAACGAGUUCACUGAGGAGCCUACUUUUCCCGAGAGAGAGAGAGAGAGAGAGAGAGAGAGAGAGAGAGAGAGAGAGAGAGAGAGAGAGGGAGAGAGAGGGAGAGACAUCAAUGAGCAAUGAGAAACCUCCUUCCACUGAAGCGAUUCAUAAACAGCUCAAUUGGUCCUCCAUUUCCCCCCACCUCCUCUGCUGCAGCGGCUCUCUCUUCCUCUUCUCAACGCAAUGCAGGUUCAGCACCCAUUGAUGAAAUUCCUAGGGAAGGCCCUGGGAUUUCUUAUGGUCUUAAUUUGGCUCUAGCUGGAAGAGGUGUAAUUGUGAAGGAUAAAGCAUUUCGAAACUUGAACUCUUCUGAAUUACAACAGAAAGGAGCAACUUUUGUGGAGAGAUUAUCUGGACUUCCAGUUCAUAUCAGAGGAAAUGUUCUCGGAGGAUCUUCAGAAAUUUCGAAGGCACAUUUUAGUAAACUCUUAAAGCAGGUCACAACUCACAUAUCGUCGAUCUCCAACAUUUUUGUUCAUGAUGGAGCUAUUGGCACAUCUCCCAAAUGUUGUGCUAAUGUACGUGUCAUAAGUGAUGAUCCUUCUGCUGUCUUGUCACUCUCCAGUAUUCUUCGGAGAAACGCUACUCGUGCAGUUUCCCAUGAUUCCUGCCCUCUUACGAUUUAUGUUGCUACAUCCAUCAGUCCAAGUGCUGCAGAUAUUCUUGGUCUUGGUGCUAAAGGAAACAAUGGAUUUAUUGCGGCUGAUGUUGAGCGUUCAUCACUGAUUUUGUGUGGAAAAGCCUUCACUGAUGCAAAGGGAACGAAAGAAGCAUUGGCUGCAUUGUCUGGGCCUAUCAUAUGUGCACGGGGAGGCCUUCCUCUAUCUGCUCGGCUUCUUUUUGCUGGCGACUCUGUGAUUCUUUUCUUUGCUCCAGAGGACACCAUUCAAAGCUGCUUAGAUCAGUUGGUUUCAGGGGAUAUCGGAGUUGUUCUUUCUUCAGAAGGUGCUUCACCUUUAUUUGAAAGUGGAAACUCUGAAGGAUUGUUUUCAUCAAAACUGCCAGCUGCAAUAAUGUUUGUCUCUUCUGACAGUUCUGGAACUAUUCCUUUUGCAUCAAAGCUCUCUCCUGGUCAAGCAGCCUAUCACUUUCUGGCAGGCUAUCAGAAUGGGAAAUUUCUGCCUGGAUACAACAAAGGUCCUUCAGCUUUUGACCCAUUGGAUCUAGCAAAGGCUUUUCUGGCCAAGAUAAGGAUCUCGUUAAGUUGGUACAAUCAUGCUUAUCGGAAAAUAUUCCACUAUUCAAACUCGAAGGUGGAUAUCUCCAAGCAAAGUACAAGAGCUUCUUAUCCGGCAGAUUUCAAGAACUACCAGAGGAAUUCGUAUUUUGAAAUCCCUGAUAAUCAUCUUUGCUUUUCUUGUGGAGGUGGUACAACAGGUACUAAGUGAUAAUCUCCGCUGAGAGGGACAUCAACGACAAUUUGAAUUGUUCAAACCAUGAUCAUAGAACAUGAAAAUUCUCAUUGAGGACUCGAAAUCAAAUGGAAUUUGAACCUUCUCUGUGGUAAAGCUUCCGAAUCCAGUCAUGAAUUUCCCAAUUCUGAUAUUCAUGUCCAGAAUCCGUGGAGUCAAGUUUGAUAUCGUAUCUAUAAAUUGGUAAACCUGAUAGAAAACCGUUCCAGAAGUAAUGUGUUGAACAUAGAUCAGCACCAGAUAUAUUGUUUACAAAUCUUUCUUCGGAAUAGCAGACCAAGCUUAAAAUUUGGCAGCUGUGGGUUCCAUUGAUCUUGAUCUGAUCCUCGGGUCUUCUUUGACCCGGCGUUAUCGCCGACGCUCUCUCUCCCCCUCAUCGUUUGAUCAAGUUGCUCUUUUGGUUAUCUCCUAUCUGUGUUGUGUUCUUUAGGCCUUUAUGGGCCUCCCCUUGUCGCCAGUGUAUUAUAUAUCUUUCUGCGAUAGCACAGGCCGGAGUUGUUUUUUUUUUUUUGUUUUCCCGGUUUUGGUUGCUGGCUCUAUGGUAGAUCGUUCUGUUGUAAUAGAGGCCCAUCUGUUGGCCACAGCGUUUCUAACACCGGGAUUCUUAUUUUGUUGUGCUUUUGUCGUGUUAUACUAUCCUUUCCAUAUCAAUGAAUUCUUCCAUUUCUCAAAAAACAAA